CCCGCAAGCGCGAAGAGAGGAGACGAGAAGGGGGAGGGAUCCACAGUUCACACACACCCCGCUUCCCAUGGCGCUAGCGCUGCGCUGCCCUCCCGCCGCCACCUCGUCCCGGAGCCCCUUCCUACCGUCGACCUCCCCAGCCCCUGCGGGGAAGGUCCCGAGGAGGCCGCCCGCCAGCUGGAGGUGCCUCGCCUACUACGGCGACGGCGGAUUCCGCAAGAACUACGACCACAUCCCCAAGCAGUUCCGCGAGGAGAACCUCAAGGAUGGACUGAUGGAUAAUUACAAGCAUGUUCCUCAAUUCCUUUAUGGAUUAAGUGAUGCUCAGAUGGAAAUGUUUAUGAAUGACGAUAACCCUUAUAAUCGGCAGUCCCAGAAAGUUACAGAGGAAAGCGUUUCUGCUGCGAGGAGCUACGAUGAGUUUGGUAUGUACACCUUGUCAGGCAUGCAUGAGGGCCCUGCAAGUUACAGCAUGGGUAUGGGCAUGGGGGGCAGCAUGAGCAUGAGCAUGGGCAGAGGAGGGAGAGGAUAUAGAAGAAUGAGAAGCUCUGCUCCAGAUCUUCCGUCAUUGCUACUGGACUCUCGAAUUAUAUUUCUUGGAAUGCCUAUUGUUCCAGCAGUAACUGAGCUUAUUGCUGCUCAAUUUCUAUGGCUAGACUAUGACGACCGCACAAAACCCAUUUAUCUGUAUAUAAACUCCACUGGAACUAUGGACGAAAAUAACGAGCUUGUUGCAUCUGAAACUGAUGCUUAUGCAAUUGCUGAUUUUAUCAAUCGAAGUAAAUCCAAGGUUUACACAAUCAAUCUUAGCAUGGCAUAUGGUCAGGCUGCGAUGCUUCUUUCCCUUGGUGUCAAGGGCAAAAGAGGAGUGCUGCCGAAUUCAAUCACUAAAUUGCACCUGCCUAAGGUGCACAAAUCUGGUGGAGCUGCCAUUGAUAUGUGGAUUAAGGCAAAAGAGUUAGAUACAAACACAGAUUACUACCUCGAACUCUUGUCUAAAGGAGUUGGUAAACCAAAGGAAGAGCUUGCUGAAUUCCUUAGGGGCCCGAGGUACUUCCGAGCACAAGAGGCUCUUGAUUAUGGACUUGCCGAUACGAUAUUACACUCGCUGGAUGGUUCUUUCAAACCAAAGGACCUGACCGCGCAGCUAGCCAAGGCACAGGCGAUGCGCCAGUCAGGCAAGCGUGCAGCUGCUGGAGCUGGGAGAUGGUCAACUCCAACCGCACCCAGGUAGAGACUAGAAUGGUAGAGCAGGACAAUAUAUGUUCAUCUGGAUGGUCUUGUGGCUCUGCUAUACAAAGAGGCCAGCCUUUUGUAUACUUGUGUUGGAAAUCCAUGGAGCUUGGAAUUAGACGCACGGCUGGAUAGUGAGAUGUUGUGUACUGUAGUGUAGUGUCAGUUGUGACGUACGUGUAUCAUCUGUGUGCAAUCUUUGCUACACUCGACCCACAUACAUUGCAUUCAGAUAGAUUAAUUUCACCAGUG